ACAGCCACGGCGUACGAAUAUCUAGACACUGCGCCGUCGAGCCCGGGGGGUCUCAUCUUCCAAUAGCGAGGCACCUCCGAGGCUGAGAGCGUGCUUCUAUUUACCAAACAAACCUUGUACGCCGGGGCCGUCUCUCCGCAGUGGUAAAUAAAUAAUCACUCGGUCGCGCUCGGUCAAACGAAAUUAAAAAGUGACAAGCUGAACCAACUUCCUCGCAAUCUUUAUCGUGUUUUCUCGCGCAUAAUGGGUAAAAGGAAGGCCACGGGCAACGCGAACAAUCCAAAUCAGGAUUUGUGCGACUUUUUGUUAGAACUGGCGGAUUACGAGCGUAACGUCAGCAAGAACGUUUACAAGUACAAUGCGUAUCGCAAGGCGGCUGGGACACUAGGCGCCCUGACGGAGAGAGUAAAGAGCGGCGAGGAGGCGAAGAAGCUGCCUGGGAUAGGAGCAAAGAUCGCCAAGAAGAUCGACGAGUUUUUACAGACUGGGAAACUGCAGAAGCUGGAAAAUAUUAAGAAGGAUGGGACCAACGUCGCCAUCAGUCUACUGGCCCAGGUGUCCGGCAUAGGUCCCGCCAAAGCGAAGGAAUUGGUGGACGCCGGUAUCAAGACACUGGAGGAUCUCAAGAAGCACCAGGACAAGCUCACGCAUCAUCAGAAACUGGGACUGAAGUACUUCGACGACUUUGAGAAAAAGAUACCCAGAGCAGAAAUUGUGCAGAUAGAGAAGACACUGAGGAGCGCCGUCAAGGAGCUGGACAGUGCCUACCUCGUGACCAUCUGCGGGAGUUACAGACGCGGCAAGGAGGAGAGCGGCGACAUUGACGUUCUCGUCACGCAUCCCGAUUACACGUCGAAGGCGAAAGAUGAGAAGAAGAAGAAGGCCGUGUCGUUAAAAGCAAUCGUCGAGUGUCUCGAGAAGAAACGACUGAUUACGGAUACGAUAUCUCUUGGAACCUCGAAAUUUAUGGGAGUGUGUCGGUCACCUGAAGACAAAGGCAAACCUUUCAGACGGUUGGACAUACGUCUUACGUUUUACGAUCAAUAUUAUUGCGCCAUACUUUAUUUCACAGGAAGUGAUCUGUUCAACAAAUUUAUGAGGGCGCAUGCAUUGGAAAGGAAAUACACGCUGAAUGAGUACGCACUGAAGCGUCUCACAGUCGAAGGCUGUCCGGGAGAAGCUGAGAAAAUUACGUCUGAAGAGGACGUCUUCAAAUUCCUAGAUUUGCCCUACAAAGAUCCAAAAAACAGAAAUAUGUAAGCAAGAUAUUCCUUUAUUUUAUAACUUAUUGCCACAAAUGUUUUAUGUAUUAUUGUUUAUAUUGUAUUUAUUAUUGCAAAGAACACUCACCUUUAUCAAAGUUAGAAAUAUAUAAUAGUUUGAUAAA